CCAAGGCCGACCACCGUCGUGGCGGACCUGCUGGUGGAGCUGCUGGGCACCCUGGCCACCUACAACGUCACCGUCAGCCAGCUGAAGGUGCUGGUGGGCAGCAUGAAGGCCGGCACGGGCGCCUGGCCGCGCCACUCCAGCAAGCUACUGACGGUGCUGCGCCAGAUGCCGCAGCGCAGCAGCCCGGACACCUUCUUCAUGUUCCCCGGCAAAACUAACUCGGCGAUCGUGAUCCCGCCGCUGGCGCGGUGGCCGUACGAAAGCGGCUGGACGUUCGCCUGCUGGUUCCGACUGGACCCCAUCAACUCGGUCAACAUUGAGCGUGAGAAGCCCUACCUGUACAGCUUCAAGACCAGCAAGGGCAUCGGCUACUCGGCCCACUUCGUCGGCUCCUGUCUGGUGCUCACUGCCAUGAAGAUCAAGGGCAAGGGGUUCCAGCACUGCGUUAAAUACGAGUUCCAGCCGCGUAAGUGGUACAUGAUCGCCAUCGUGUACAUCUACAACCGGUGGAGCAAGAGCGAGAUCAAGGUGUUCGUCAACGGCCAGCUGGCGUCCAGCACCGAGAUGGCCUGGUUCGUGUCGCCCGGGAGCGAGACGUUCGACAGGUGCCACAUCGGCGCCACGCACGAGCCAGACGAGGAGCGCGUCUUCUGCGGCCAGAUGUCCGCCGUCUACCUCUUCUCGGAGGCGCUGAAUGCUCACCAGGUGUGCGGCAUGCACCGGCUCGGCCCCGGCUACAAGAGCCAGUUCCGGUUCGAGGCGGAGAGCAACGACCGCCUGUCAGAGAACCACAGACGGGUGCUGUACGACGGCAAGAUGUCGGCGGCCAUCGUGUUCAUGUACAGCGCCGCCGCCACCGACGGCCAGCUCUGCCUGCAGUCGGCGCCCAAGGGCAACCCCUCCUACUUUGUCCACUCGGCACACGGCCUCAUGCGCCAGGACGUGUGCGCCGUGGUCACGCACUCCAUCUACGCGACGCUGAACGCCAUCGGCGGCAUCCAGGUGCUGUUCCCGCUGUUCUCGCAGCUUGACUUGCCCGUGGAGGCGGGCGUGGACGGCACGGAGGGACGCCGCGACCCUAACCUCUGCGCUACGUUGCUGGGCUUCAUCUGCGAGCUGGUGGAGACCUCGGCCGUGGUGCAGCAGCACAUGCUGCAGUGCCGCGGCUUCCUGGUCAUCUCGCACCUGCUGCAGCGCACCAACCGCGAGCACAUGAACGACCAGGUGCUCAGCGUGUUCCUGCAGCUCUCCAAGUACCUGGUCACCUGUCCCGGCACCAACACCGAGCUGCUGCUCAAGCAGCUGCUGGACCACGUGCUGUUCAACCCGGCGCUGUGGGUGUACGCGCCGGUGGGCGUGCAGACCCGGCUGUACGGCUACCUGGCGUCCGACUUCCUCUGCGACACGCACAUCUACAACAGCGUGCGGCGCGUGUCCACCGUACUGCAGACGCUGCACACGCUCAAGUACUACUACUGGGUGGUCAAUCCGCGCGACAAGAGCGGCGUCACGCCCAAGGCCGUCGACGGGCCGCGCCCCUCCAAGAAGGACGUGCUGCUCAUCCGCUCGCACAUGCUGCUGUUCCUGCGGCAGCUGAUCCUCAUCGGCAACGGCGUCAAGGAGGACGAGCUGCAGAGCAUCCUCAACUACCUCAGCACCAUACACGAGGACGAGAACCUGGAGGACGUGCUGCACACGCUGAUUGGCCUGAUGGCCGACCACCCCGCCUCCAUGGUGCCCGCCUUCGACCUCAAGCUGGGCAUCCAGUCGGUGCUGAAGCUGCUCGGCGCCCAGUCGCAGACCAUCCGGCUGCUGGCGCUCAAGCUGAUGGGCUUCUUCCUCUGUCGAAGCACACACAAGCGAAAGUAUGAUGUGAUGAACCCCCACAACCUGUACACGCUGCUGGUGGAGAAGAUCCUGCUGAACGAGGAGUCCCUCACCCUGGCCACCUACAACGUGCUGUACGAGAUCCUGACGGAGCAGAUGACGCAGGGCAUCCUGUACGUGCGGCACGCGGAGCCAGAAGUCAGCCACCGCCUGGAGAACCCCAUGAUCCUGAAGGUGGUGGCCAGCCUGAUCCGCCAGUCCAAGACCUCGGACGGCCUGAUGGAGGUGAAGAAGCUGUUCCUCACCGACACCACGCUCCUCUGCCAGGCCAACAAGGAGAACCGGCGCACCGUGCUGCAGAUGAGCGUCUGGCAGGAGUGGCUGAUCGCCAUGGCCUACAUCCACCCGCGCUCGGCCGAGGAGCAGCGCGUCUCCGAGAUGGUGUUCAACCUGUUCCGCAUGCUGCUGCACCACGCUAUCAAGGCCGAGUACGGCGGCUGGCGCGUCUGGGUGGACACGCUCGCUAUCGUCCACUCCAAGGUGUCGUACGAGGACUUCAAGCUGCAGUUCGCGCAGAUGUACGAGCAGUACGAGCGGCGGCGAGCGGACAACAUCACCGACCCGGCGCUGCGGCAGCAGCGGCCCAUCAGCACCAUCAGCGGCUGGGACAAGCCGAUGCCGGCCGCUGAGCCGCCGGCGGAGGGCGGCGGCAAGGCGUCCGUCGUCGAGCCAGAGCCGGCCGCUGAGGAGGGCGAGAAAGAGGCAGAGACCCCGGAGCCUGAGAGCGAGCGCGAGGCGGGGAAGAACGGUGAUAGCUGCGAGGAGCGCGUCGAGAUAUACGUGGUGUCGAAAGAAGAGAAGGUGGAGGCUACGGAAAACGGUCAUCAUCACGAGCCGGUCGUUGACGAAGUGGAUGAUGAACCAAGGGAGAGUAACGGAGGAGGUACGAAGAAGCAGAGCAGUGAUGCGGUCAUUGAGUCGCCGAAGAGCCCGUCGAAGACAGACGCCGGCUCUCCUGUAGCGCUCAACGGAGAAAUGCCGUCCAAAGAGGUCGAGGACGUCAGGGAAGACGACAAGGUGCACGAAGACGCUAAGGCCGAUCCUGGAAGUCCCGCGGACCACAAGGAGACCAGCUCCCACGAAAACACAAGGGAAGACAGCGACGCUCGCGAGGACCCCAAGGAGGACGCGGACGCCCACGAGGACGCCAGCUCGCGCAAGAGCGGCGAGGGUAUGGAGGACGCCGGCGGGGCGGCGGCGGCGGACGAGGCGAGCGACCCGGCCGGCGACGGCCGCGACGCGGCGGCGGACGCGCCGGCCGGCGUGCCCGACAGCGUCGAGGUGCCCGAGCUGGGCAGCCAGCCGGAGGAGGCGUGCGUCAAGAAGUGGAACGCCCAGGUGAAGCCGGGCGUGGCGCGCAGCGUCUCGCAGAGCAGCGGCAAGAGCGAGCGGCUCUCGCGGCCAGGCUCCGGCGGCAAGGGCCCGUCACGUGCCAUGUUCUCGCCGGGGCCUUCGCGGCCGCCGUUCCGCAUCCCCGAGUUUCGCUGGAGCUACAUCCACCAGCGGCUGCUGUCGGACGUGCUGCUCUCGCUGGAGAACGACAUCCAGCAGUGGCGACAACAUUCCAACAAGAGCAUCCUGGACUUCGUCAACAACAGCGACAACGCCAUUUUCGUCAUCAACACGGUGCACCUGAUCUCCCAGCUGGCGGACAACCUAGUGAUCGCGUGUGGCGGUCUGCUGCCGCUGCUGGCCGCCGCCACCAGUCCGAACAGCGAGCUGGACGUGCUGGAGCCGACGCAGGGCAUGUCGGUGGACGUGGCUGUCGGCUUCCUGCACCGGCUGGUGGGGCUGGCCGACGCGCUCGUGUUCGCCAGCUGCAUCUCGUUCGCCGAGCUCGAGGUGGAGAAGAACAUGUCGAGCGGCGGUAUCCUGCGUCAGUGUCUGCGGCUGGUGUGUACGGCAGCCGUGCGCAACUGUCUCGAGUGCAAGGAGCGCGAGCGGCUCAUGCGCCACCCGGACGUCAAGCCCAACCGCACCAUCCAGCUGCUCAUCACCGGGCUCAAGAACGUGCCCAUCCUCGCCACGACCGGAGACCCGGACUCGGUGGUGACGCCCGUCCGGGACCCGGAGAAGCUGCUGCAGGAGAUGGACGUCAAUCGGCUGCGCGCCAUCGUCUACAGAGAUGUGGAGGAGACGAAGCAGGCGCAGUUCCUGUCGCUGGCCGGCAUCUACUUCAUCUCGGUGCUGAUGGUGUCCAAGUACCGCGACAUCCUGGAGCCGUCCAACAUGGUGGCCGUCCGAGGCGCGUCCGCGGCGCCGGCCGGCCCGGACCGGCCCUCGGGCGGCGACGAGCAGCCCGUCGCAGACGUGCUUGUCGUUGACGAGGGCAACCCGUCCGUUUUAGCGAACCAGGCGGGCGCGCCGCCGGCAGCCAAGGCGGACAGCGGCGGCGGCCCGACCCGGAGCCGGAGCCGGAGCCGGAGCCAGCGGCGGCGGCCGGCCGCACCAGGCGACGAGCGCCAGUGGUCGGACGUGCAGCUGAACGAGACCGACGACCGGCCGACCAACGAGCCGGCCGCGGCGCCGGUGCAGGAGAUAUCAACCGUGAGCAGCUCGCCCCACUUUACGGCGGCCAAUCAGAGCGCCGCCUCGGCGCAGACCGUCCAAUCAGAAUUCCGUCCGGCUCGGCCCGAGGAUCUCCACAUCAAGGGCUUUGUUCAGGAGGUGCCUCUGCCGACGCCGUCCCGCGAGGCGAACCUGACGCUGAAGCUGGAGGUGGCGCUGAGCUCGAUCUCGCCACUGCUGCGCGAGAUCAUGGUGGACUUCGCCUCGUUCCUCAGCAAGACGCUGAUCGGCAGCCACGGCCAGGAGCUGCUCUCGGAGGGCAAGGGCAUGGCCACCUUCAAGACGGGCCAGUCGGUGGUGGAGCUGGUGAUGCUGCUCUGCUCGCAGGAGUGGCAGAACUCGCUCCAGAAGCACGCCGGCCUCGCCUUCAUCGAGCUCAUCAACGAGGGCAGGCUGCUCUCCCACGCCAUGAAGGACCACAUCGUGCGCGUGGCCAACGAGGCCGAGUUCAUCCUCAACCGGAUGCGGGCGGAUGACGUGCUCAAGCACGCCGAGUUCGAGUCGGCGUGCGCGCAGACGGUGCUGACGCGGCAGGAGGAGGAGCGCAUGUGCGACCACCUGAUAACGGCCGCCCGGCGCCGCGACUCGGUCAUCGCCGGCCGGCUGAUCGAGCGCGUGCUCAACCUGGUGGCCAGUCAGCACGGCGCCUGGGGCGACGACCCCAGCCUGCCCAGGCUCAAGUUCUGGAAGCUGGACGCCUGGGAGGACGACUCCCGCCGGCGUCGCCGCCUCGUGCCGAACCCGUACGGCUCCUCCCACCCGGAGGCCACGCUCAAGGCCGCGCUGGAGCACGGCGCGCCAGAGGAUGCCAUUCAGCAGGCGCAGGAGGAGUUCCACGCGCACGUGACGCUGAAGCGACGUCACCAGCAGAGCGCCACGUCAUCGGAGGACGAGUAUGACGUCUCCGCCGAGGACCGCGACAUCGACAGCGACAUCGCCGGUCCCGUCAACAUGAGCACGCCGGCGCAGCUAAUGGCGCCCGGCCUGGUGGUGCCCGGCACCAUCUCCAUCACCUCCAACGAGCUGUACUUCGAGGUGGACGAGGACCACCCCGACUACCAGGCCGUCGACGCCGAGGUGCUACGCUACUGUGACCACGUGCACGGCAAAUGGCACUUCACGGAGAUCCGGGCCAUCUUCUCGCGCCGCUACCUGCUGCAGAACACGGCCAUCGAGAUAUUCCUCGCCUCCAGAACCUCCGUCAUGUUCAACUUCCCCGACUCGGCCACGGUAAAGAAGGUGAUCAAGGUGUUGCCGCGGGUCGGCGUCGGCGUCAAGUACGGCAUUCCGCAGACCAGGCGGGCGUCCAUGAUGGCGCCGCGUCAGCUGUUCCGCGCCUCCAACAUGGUGCAGAAGUGGCAGCGACGCGAGAUCUCCAACUUCGAGUACCUCAUGUUCCUCAACACCAUCGCCGGUCGGACGUACAACGACCUGAACCAGUACCCGGUGUUCCCGUGGGUCAUCACCAACUACGAGUCGCCCGAGCUCGACCUCAGCCUGCCCAGCAACUACCGCGACCUUUCCAAGCCGGUGGGAGCCCUGAACCCGACGCGCAAGUCAUUCUUCGAGGAGCGCUACAGCAGCUGGGAGCACGACCAGAUCCCGCCGUUCCACUACGGCACGCACUACAGCACGUCGGCGUUCACGCUGAACUGGCUGGUGCGGCUGGAGCCGUUCACCACCAUGUUCCUGGCGCUGCAGGAGGGCAAGUUCGACCACCCCAACCGGCUGUUCUCCUCGGUGCUGCUCUCCUGGAAGAACUGCCAGCGCGACACCAGUGACGUCAAGGAGCUGGUGCCCGAGUUCUACUACCUGCCCGAGAUGUUCAUCAACAGCUCGCAGUACAAGAUGGGCCAGACGGAGGAGGGCGUCACCGUGGACUCGGUGGCGCUGCCGCCCUGGGCGCACUCACCCGAACACUUCGUUCGCACCAACCGGCUGGCCCUCGAGUCGGAGAUCGUCUCGUGCCAGCUGCACCAGUGGAUCGACCUCAUCUUCGGCUACAAGCAGCGCGGCCCCGAGGCCGUCAGGGCCACCAACGUGUUCUACUACCUGACGUACGAGGGCAACGUGGACCUGGACUCGCUGACCGAGCCGGUCAUGAAGGAGGCCAUCAAGAACCAGAUCCGCAGUUUCGGCCAGACGCCGUCCCAGCUGCUGAUGGAGCCGCACCCUCCGCGCAGCUCGGCCAUGCACCUGUCGCCGAUGAUGUUCAGCGCGCCGCCGGACGACGUCUGCAUGAUCAUGAAGUUCCUGAGCAACUCUCCGAUCGUGCACAUGUCGGCCAACACGUACCCGCAGCUGACCGUGCCGUCGGUGCUCACCGUCACGCAGAGCCAGCAGUUCGCCGUCAACCGCUGGAACCCGCUCUUCAACAGCGGCCAGCCGGCCAGCCCGCCGUACGCGGACGCUGUCACGCCGCCGCUGAACCUGCCGCUGGCCAUGGACCCGGCCGUGGCGCAGCAGACGUCCGGCGGCACUCCGCCGGCGCGCCGCCACCUCGGCGACAACUUCUCGCAGCGGCUCGAGCCGCGCUACAACUCCUUCAUCACCACCGUCGACUCCAAGUUCAUCAUCGCCUGCGGCUUCUGGGACAACAGCUUCCGCGUGUUCUCCACGGACACGGGUCGGAUCGUGCAGAUCGUGUUCGGCCACUUCGGCGUGGUGACGUGCCUGGCGCGCUCCGAGUGCAACAUCCUCUCGGACUGCUACGUGGCCUCCGGCGCCGAGGACUGCGCCGUGCUGCUCUGGCACUGGAACGCGCGCUGCCAGAUGCUGCUGGGCGAGUCGGAGUGCGCCAGCCCGCGCGCCACGCUCACCGGCCACGAGCGGCCGCUGGUGGCGCUGGUCGUGUCGGCCGAGCUGGGGCUGGUCGUGUCGGCGGCCGCCGGCGGGCCCGUGCUCGUGCACACCACGGCCGGCGAGCUGCUGCACGCGCUGGCGGCGCCGGCCGCCGCCGGGCCGCCGCAGCACGUCGGCCUCAGCCGCGAGGGCCUGAUCGUGGCCGCCUACCAGCAGGGCGCCGUCGUCACAUACUCGGUGAACGGCCAGCGGCUGCGUCACGACGUCCACGCCGCCAGCAUUCAGUGCAUGAUUCUGUCUCGGGACGGCGAGUACAUGAUGACGGGCGGCGACCGGGGCAUCGUGGAGGUGUGGCGCACUUUCAGCCUCUCGCCGCUGUACGCCUACCCGGCCUGCGACAGCAGCGUGCGGUCGCUCGUCCUCUCGCACGACCAAAAGUUUCUCAUGGCGGGGCUGGCGACCGGCUCGAUAGUUUUAUUUCACAUCGACUUCAAUAGGUGGCACCACGAGUUCCAGCAGCGCUACUAGCGCUCGCGCGCCGCGGCACGCGCGCGCCAGCGGACCGCGAGCAUUCCAGAGCCGGCUGCGGCGCCUGUACAUAGCGCGGCGUCGUCCGAGCGUCGCCGACGCCCCACCUCGGCCAUAUUCUUAACGAACUAGUCAUAGGCGCCGCCGGCGACGGGCAGCGGGCAGCGUCGCCCCGCGGCAGGGGGCGGGCGCCGCGCGUCGUGUCACGUGAUGUCCCGCAGCUCAGAACGGCGCCGGCCGCUGUCUCCGGCGGUCCAGCCGUCUUGCCGUCCACCAGUUGCGCCCGCGCGCGCAGCUCACAUUCCAUCCAGAGAUGCUUGCCAUGUGCGGCCGCGGAGCCUCGCCCCUCCCACGAGACGCCCGUCGUCACGCGCGCACACACACGCUCGGUGUGGGGCCGCAGCGCGGGCGUCCGGCAGCUGUUCAUGCUCAAUACAUGGUAUGCAAGCGCGGGAGACGCGCGAGCGCGGCGCGCUCCACAUUCCGGGGCGUCCGCUGACCGGACGGCACUGUGCCGUACGCGGCCGUUAUUGUUGUUUUAUGUUGAUUAGUGAUUAUGAUCGAUUACGUGUCGGGUGGCCGAAUCACUGGUGCUGGUGUCGGGUUUUAUUUACGUCGCUGAGUCGCGUGUGCGUCGAUUGGCGCGUGACUUGUCCGACGACCAAUCAGAGGCGCGGCAGGUGGCAGCACCGUCGGAUUUCUGACGGCGCCGCGUCGUCGGGCUGAGCAGCUUGCCUUUUGCACGGUUGGUCGGUGUGUUCUCGGUGUGCGUCACUUCUGCCGAAUAUACGGACGGUCAGCG